AUGAGUACUAGCUUUGACCUCUGUGAGCGAAUUACUCCAGCCGUUCAUGACCGGCGGGAGACCUGGAACUUUAUUCGCGAUUUCGCUUCCCACUGGGUGACGCCGUUAGAAGAGUCUGAUGGAUACAGCGAAUCGGUCCUAUCAGCAGCCGAGGAGCGGCUCGGAAUUCCCCUUCCCGCAGCAUUCAACGAGGCAUACGCACUCUUUGGUUGCCGUUCCGACCUUACUCGCAAUUCAGAGUAUUUGCUCGAACCUACAGCUCUAUAUCUCGACCACGACGCCUUGAUAUUUCGCCGCGAGAACCAAGGCGCUGCACUCUGGGGGAUUCUGCUAGCAGACCUGCAGUACCCGGAUCCUCCUGUGUAUCACUGCUCGUGUAUAGUGAAUAAUGUCAUGGACGAAUGGGAACCAUGGCUAGCACGAUUCUCCCUAGCGUGUCUUGAUCUUAUCCUAUGGGAAUCGUUGUCUGACUCGACAAUGCCGACUGAGUUUCGUGACAGCAAUGACGAGGACAUUGCAUUGAUUGAACGACUCUAUUCCGAGCUACCAUCUUUCCAGGGAAGCCACAGCUACACCCCUUUUGGCGUGCGCUGGUUUACUGGGCCUGAUCUGCUUCUUUGCGACACGGGCGCUGAUCUCAGAGUCCGAACGCGUACCCGAGAAGCACUAUGGUCCCUUCGCGAGACCCUCCCUGGAGAUUGGUUGUAUGAAUUGUGA